GGUUGAAGAUUUUUAACACAAUGAGAAAAGCCAUUUUCCUGGAAUUUUUAAUCGGAAUAUUGGCUUGCUUGAGCGUCUUUCUGGUUAAUGCAGAAGACGCAUAUAGAUAUCUCACUUGGACUGUUACAUACGGCAGAGUUUCUCCUCUCGGUACUCAUCAACAGGGGAUUUUUAUCAAUGGCCAGUUUCCAGGGCCUGCGAUUGAAGGUGUGACCAAUGACAACUUAAUUGUAAAUGUCAUUAACAAGCUGGAUGAGCCUUUCCUCAUUACAUGGAAUGGAAUUAAGCAAAGAAGAACCUCAUGGCAAGAUGGAGUGCUGGGAACCAACUGCCCAAUUCCUCCAAACACAAAUUGGACGUACAAAUUCCAGUUGAAAGAUCAAGUGGGCACCUUUAAUUACUUCCCUUCAACACAAAUGCAUAGAGCUUUUGGAGGUUAUGGGGCUCUAAAUAUUGCAGAAAGGUCGGUCAUAACAACCCCAUAUUCCAUCCCUGAUCAAGAAUUCACCCUUCUCAUUAGUGAUUGGUUCAAGAACUUUACUGACCACAAGGCUUUGCGGAAAAGACUUGAUGAUGGCUAUACAUUGCCAGUUCCUGAUAGUCUUCUUAUCAAUGGCCGGCCUAACUCUUUGUCCUUCAUUGGUCAAACAGGGAAAACCUACAAAUUCAGGGUGUCAAAUUUAUGCAUAGAAACAUCCAUCAACUUCAGGAUCCAGCGGCAUACGAUGACACUAGUUGAAGUCGAAGGAUCUCACACUUUGCAGGAAGUUUACGAUUCCAUUGAUGUUCAUGUGGGUCAAUCUGUAGCUGUUGAAAUUACAUUAAAUGGGCCACCAAAAGAUUAUUACAUCGUUGCUUCUUCUCGUUUCACCAAGCCUGUUCUUACUACUACUGCUAUUCUUCAUUAUGAUGGCUCUCACACUCCAGCUUCUCUUCCCUUGCCUACUGCUCCCACUUAUCAACUUCACUGGUCUAUGAAGCAAGCCAGGACCAUCAGAACGAAUUUGACAGCAAAUGCAGCGAGGCCGAAUCCUCAAGGAUCAUUCCAUUAUGGCACCAUACCAGUUGUGAGGACAAUUGUUUUAGAGAAUACAGCAGCAAAGAUAAACGGCAAGCUUCGAUAUGCUGUUAAUGGGAUCUCCUAUGUGGAUCCAUCGACGCCAUUGAAGCUUGCUGACUGGUUUAACAUCCCUGGUGUCUUUGAUCUCAACACCAUCAAGGACAAGCCCACUCAGGGUGCUCCUGCCAAGCCUGGCGUCUCUGUCAUUGGACUCACACUUCAUGACUUCGUUGAAAUCGUCUUCCAGAACAACAAAACAACUGUGCAAUCUUGGCAUCUCGAUGGAUCCAGUUUCUAUGUUGUUGGUUAUGGUAACGGUCAGUGGACACCCGAUAUGAGGAAAAGGUACAAUUUGGCUGAUGCUGUUUCCAGACACACAGUUCAGGUAUAUCCAAGUUCUUGGAGCGCAAUAUAUGUGUCAUUGGACAACAAGGGCAUGUGGAAUUUGAGGUCUGCCAUCUGGUCAAGGCGGUAUUUAGGGCAGCAAUUGUAUCUACGAGUGUGGAACAACCAAAGUAGCCCGUACACAGAGACUGAUGUUCCUCCAAACGAAUUGUAUUGUGGCAAGGCCAAACACCCUUAGCUAGGCCGUGGAAUUAUUUGUUGUUGGUGUAAUGUAUUUUUCUUUCCGUAAGUUUGAGUCACGAGGGGGUGACUUCUGGGGGAAAAGGAGCAUAUGGGAUCGAUUUGAUUAGGAUGAAAAAGUUUAAGGAGAAAAUUAA